UGUCGACGAAAGGAAUAUACGGAAUAGAAAACCAAUGUGCUCUCGUGCCCGAGGGCGCAACUGGUGAUUUCUGUAUAGUUGCUAAUCCAAAAUGUCAGACAUCGACAAAUGGAUAGAUAUUGCAAAAGAGUGCAAAUAUUUACCAGAAAAUGAUCUCAAGAAAUUGUGUGACAUGGUGUGCGAUUUGUUGCUGGAGGAGUCCAACAUACAGCCGGUUUCGAGUCCGGUAACCGUUUGUGGAGAUAUUCAUGGUCAGUUCUAUGACCUGGAAGAAUUAUUUCGCAAUGGUGGUCCCAUUCCGGAUACCAAUUACAUAUUUAUGGGCGAUUUCGUUGAUCGAGGAUAUUAUAGCUUAGAAACAUUUACUCGGCUUUUGACCCUCAAAGCUAAAUGGUCCGACAGGAUAACGCUUUUGCGUGGCAAUCAUGAGUCAAGACAAAUUACUCAAGUCUACGGUUUCUAUGAUGAGUGUGAAAUGAAGUACGGAAAUGCAAACGCAUGGAAAUAUUGCUGCAGGGUGUUUGAUUUACUUACAGUAGCUGCCUUAAUCGACGAACAAGUACUUUGUGUGCACGGUGGUUUGUCGCCAGCCAUUAGAACACUAGAUCAAAUUAGGACGAUCGAUAGAAAUCAAGAAAUUCCUCACAAAGGUGCGUUUUGCGAUUUGCUGUGGUCUGAUCCAGAGGAUGUUGAAACAUGGACCGUGAGUCCUCGUGGUGCUGGCUGGUUAUUUGGCAGCAAAGUCACCCACAAAUUCAUGGAAAUAAACGACCUCAAACUCAUAUGCAGAGCUCAUCAAUUAGUUCAUGAAGGAUACAAAUACAUGUUCGACAAUAAGCUCGUAACAGUGUGGUCAGCGCCGAAUUAUUGUUAUCGAUGUGGCAACAUCGCGAGCAUAUUGGAGUUCAAAUCAGUCGACGAGAGAAACACGGUGUUGUUCAAAGCGGUGCCCGAUAACGAGCGGGUGAUUCCCUCGUUGACCGUAACACCAUAUUUCUUGUGAUCUAACAUAGCGCUCCAUCUGUUUCGAUGCAGAGGAGGGGCGUCUGGGUCUAGGCUUUACGGAUGUACAUGACUGCUGUUCCUUGAUCGGUUUUAAUCUCGCUGAUACAAUGACGGCGCAAAAAUAACAAAUUCCCUAAGAAAGAUAGAAAGAGAAGAGAGGAAGAAAGAUAUCAAGUGGGUAAAAACACCAGAAAGAUACCGAAAAACCCGCAGGCGAGAGCGAGACAGAAGAUAGAGAAAAGAGAGAACGCAAUUUUUCGCGUACAGGGAAUUCGAUUAGAUUGAGCAUUGGAUGGAAAGAUUUUUCUUGCUCUCUUCCAACGAGAGAUCGAAAUUUUGAAGGAAUUUUUCAAUUGUUUUUUUUUUUUUACUAUUUUUUUGCCUGUUCAUGGCAAGUGACAACGCGUCAUCGAUACGCGAUGAGUCAGCUCAAUCUUUCCAUUAAAUGAAAUCGUAAAACAAUCGUUGACUACGUAUUGGUUAUUUUAUUUUUCUUUAAGAAUUUUAACGAACUAUUAUUAUGAGCAUACGAAGGCUGAUAUUUUUUUGUAUUUAAGGAAAAAAAAAAAAAAAAUG